GCAAAUCGUGAAAGUGGUAGCAAUUGAAAAUGGAUAUAGCAAUUCGCGUCGCGAAAUAUAAACAGAUUCCAUUUAACAGCGGCAUUCAUGCAAAAUGGCGGAUGAAGUAGAGCCAGGAUGCGGUCCUGUUUUAGGAAGUGACAGAGAUGAGUGUUGCAGUGAAAAGGCCUAUCCCACCAACACUUUUGCUCCACCAAGUCAUAUUCCUGGAAAGAAAGGUCCAGCCCCUUCAUUUGGCAGUGCUAAUGGACACCAACAGCCAGAUUAUAGUAAAUUUGAUAUUGUUAAGGCUGCACAAUAUGGUAUACUUGAAAGAUGCCAGCAAUUGAUUGAAGAAGGAGAAGCAGAUGUCCGGGUUCCUGAUGCUGAAGAUGUUACCAUGUUGCAUUGGGCAUCAAUAAACAACAGGCUUAAUGUCAUGGACUACUUCCUAUCCAAAGGAGCCAUUGUUGACCAACGUGGAGGCAACUUGAAUGGUACCCCACUUCACUGGGCUGUCCGACAGGGACACCUUGAAGCUGUUGUCCUUUUGAUGAAACAUGGAGCAGACCCUAGUCUUGAAGACUCAGAAGGUUGCAGUGGUCUGCAUUUAGCUGCCCAGUUUGGUCACUCAGCAAUGGUUGCUUAUUUGCUAGCCAAGGGAAUGGAUGUUGAUUUGCUUGACAAGAAUGGCAUGACACCAUUAAUGUGGGCAGCAUAUAGAAGCUUUGGAAUUGAUACAAUAAGAAUUCUGCUGAACUUUGGAUCAUCUGUGAACCUGGCUGACAGGGUACACAAGAAUACAGCUCUUCACUGGGCUGUCGCAUCCAGCAACACGAAUGCUAUCAAGCCUCUUUUGCGAUCCGGAGCAAGUCUAGACUCGAGAAAUGAGCAAAAAUUGACGCCGCUAGAACUUGCCAAUGAGCGCCGCAAUAAUUGGAUAUCCCAGCAAAUCAAAGCUGCUUUGUCAGCUCGAGGAAACGAAAGAACUUCAUUCUUAUUUUCAUUGCUUCAUAAAAGGGAAAACAAAAGAAAGCUUGGUGUUUUCAUACCAAUAAUGGCCAUGUUUCUAUCAGGCACUAUUUUGGAACAUUCUCCUUGGUGGAUAUACACUGUUUUAAUGAUGGGGCUUCUUGGCUUCUCACUCAACUAUUUUUUAAGGUUUUUCAGAGAUAUGGAAGACAACACAAUCGCUCUUGGUACCUACCUUGCUACAAAGGCAUUCAUGUUCGCGACGCUUUUCAUUUAUUUUUGGUCAUUCAUCGGUCCAAAAGUUUUACUUUUGUUUACAUUAAAUGCAACUGGGCUGUUUUACUUUUUUUAUAAAUCGUGGUUGUCAGAUCCAGGAGUCAUUAAGAAUACCCCGUCAGAACAGAAAAAGAAUAUUAUUGAGUUAGCUGAAACGGGAAUGCUAAAAGAUUUUGGAAGAUUCUGUGCGACAUGUUUAAUACGACGACCAGUGCGCUCAAAGCAUUGUGGGGUUUGUAACAAAUGUAUUGCAAGAAUGGAUCAUCACUGUCCGUGGGUUGAUAACUGUGUAGGUUACAAAAACCAUCACUUCUUCUUCUGGUAUAUAUUUUUCUUGUUCUGGAUGAAUGUUUGGUACCAAUGGGCAGCAGUUACAUAUUUCAACAUUCACUGUGGGCCAUUCAAGAAAGGGAUACUCUCAUCUAUUGUCACAGUUUGUGAAUGUGCCCCAUGGGUGACAUGGGGUUAUGCACAUGCUCUGUUCCAUGGUCUCUGGGUUGGUGCUCUAGUCAUUUGUAAUUGCUACCAGAUAUUCUGGUUAGGAAUGACAACAAAUGAAAGAAUGAAUGCAGCAAGGUAUAGGCACUUCAACGACAACACAACUGGACAAAUUCGAAGCCCUUUCACGCGCGGAGUCAUACAAAACAUUGCAGAUUUCUUCGAAAUUUCAUUUUUUGGUCUAGUUAGACCCAACAAAGUUGAUUGGAUGAGUGAGCAUGAUGUUGGAAGGUUUAAAGACGAUGAACUUUCGUGGAAAAGCCCCAGCCAUAUUGUAUAGAAUUUGCCAUUUAUCUAAUUUGCCAUGGAAAGGACAAACAAGACACCAUCUGCAUUCUGACAAAGUAGAAGGGCUCCCCUCGAGCCAUGAAAUGUUGUUUUAAAUUACAAAGCAACAAACAAACGAUUAAAUUUUGUACCAUUGAAACUGAAUAUUGCUUGACACAAAAUUAGACCUAAAUCAUGCAGUUGAUCGUUGUUUUUAAAACCUGUAAAAUUGGAAGUAAAUAACUGGGAAAGUCUUAACGCCGUCAAACUUGCAUACGUUGGCUUAUUCAACCAAGAUAAGUUAAUUUGACGAAAAUGCAAAAUCUAACCCAAAAGCAUAGAUUCACGAAUGUAAAAAAAGCUUUCAUUAUAUAAGAGCAUAUAAAAUCAAAAUUGAUAGCUUUGUUUCAGUAAAGAACUUAAUGAAAUGGCAUCACUAUUCAUGAUUGUCAAAAGUCUCGAUCUCAAUGUUUUAACCUCGACUUUACCGAGUGACAACUACUCCUUUCUAGUUGAAUUCAACCUAUUUGUUAAAAUUAUUAUUUGUUUGCAAGACUUAUAAAAACGCUUAAUAUUACGUUUGUCAGAAAACAUUAAAUUGAGUUUUUAUAAAUGUGUUUGCAUUUAUUUCUAUUAUUGAA